UAACAUUUUCCGGGGUAAAAUUAUCGCCCCACGCGAGAAGUGACAGCAGAAUCAGUGACAAAUAUAGUUGAACUUGAACCUCUAUUAACUAAGGUCUCUACUUACUGAAGAUAGACGUUCGUGUUUCGUUACUAUUUGGAUAAUUUUUUUGAUCUCGAUGAAAAUGGUGUUUUACUUCACGAGUUCCGUGGUGGAACCCCCUUACACUAUUUAUAUGGGCAAAGACAAGUAUGAAAAUGAAGAUCUCAUCAAGUAUGGCUGGCCUGAAGACAUCUGGUUCCACGUGGACAAACUGUCGUCAGCUCACGUUUAUCUCCGCUUGCCUAAGGGUCACACCAUAAAUGAUAUCCCCCCGGAAGUGUUGAUUGACUGCGCACAGCUGGUGAAAAACAACAGCAUUCAAGGCUGCAAGAUGAACAACAUCAGCGUGGUUUACACGCCGUGGGCCAACCUGAAGAAAACGGGAGACAUGGAUGUCGGACAGAUCGGCUUCCAUCGACAGAAGGAGGUGAAGACGGUGCCAGUGGAGAAAAAGGUCAACGAGAUUGUGAACCGACUGGAGAAAACCAAAGACGAGCGCUACCCGGACCUGGCGGCCGAGAAGGAGUCGCGAGACCGAGAGGAGAGGAACGAGAAGAAAGCUCUGCUGCAGGAGCAGAAGAGGCGUGAGAAGGAGGAGCAGAAGAAGAAGAAGGAGAUGGAGGAUCUCAAGAACUACACGUCACUGAUGAAGAGCGAAAACAUGCAGACCAAUGAGGAUGGCUACGACUCGGACGACUUCAUGUGAGCCGCGCGCUGCCCCGCUCCACCGCCGAGAUGCUCGGCUGCCGGCCGCUUCCGCUCGCUAACAACAGCAUAGCAUUGACAUUGAGACAAAAUAAAAAUGGAGCAGUGAGCAGGUCAGUGAAAGACAGAAGCAGGACUCUAUGACCCCUCCCCCCUCAUCCUGCCUCCUCUUGAUGAUGGCUGGAUCAGGUGCUGCUUGCAGAGCAAACUCAAAACGGCCGCCGUCUUCGUGGAAGGUCGUUCACAGUCUACGGGACGAGUUGAGGAUCAUUUUAGGGGGACGUAAGGCCGAUUAUGUCAAUGAUGUCAAACAAACAUGCUCCACAAGGUGCUUUGCAUGUAGAAAAACAUUGAUGAAAUAUGCAUUCUUUUACUUUUAGGUACUGUUUGACAUUACACACAUGCUUCUUUUUAUGUCUCUCAAUUACCAGGGUGAUUUGUUUUUCAUGGCUGGUUGGAAUGGAAGGCCAAAAAGAAUCAUAACACAAUUAGUGUCAUCCCGUAUAGUUUUUUUUAUUAAAUGUGUCAUAAAUACA